UAAACCCAAUUUUCUUCUAUUUAGAUCCCCCUUCCUUUCAAUUCAAUGCAAAUCCAACAAAAUGUUCAGAAAAGCUUUCAUCUUCUUCUUCUUCUUCUUCUUCUUCUUCCUUCUUUCUGUUUCUGUGUCUUUGCAUGCAGCAAAUGCACUGAAAAAUGAAGGGGAAAUUGGUUCAGGCGGCGACGGUGCUGCUCCGGCUGGGUCUCUGGUGAAGAAAGAUCAACGGCGGUCGCUGGUUUCGACUGAGUACGGAGAGGUCUGGUCCAUUGAUGUGAAUGACGGACACAGGAAACCCUACCAUAUUCAGUUCAUUACUUUGGAACCCAACUCACUCUUCCUUCCUGUUCUUCUGCAUGCAUACAUGGUUUUCUAUGUCAACACAGGAAGUGGGAGGUUGAGUUGGACUGAUGAUGAUAAAAUUAGGAGGGUGGAUAUAAAGAGAGGUGAUCUCUAUAGGCUCACCCCAGGCUCUGUUUUCUUUGUACAAAGUAACUUGGAGACUGAGCGCCAGAAGCUGAGAAUUAAUGCAAUCUUUACAAGCAACUCUGAUGAUGACUUAUAUGAUCCAGCAGUAGGGCCAUACUCCAGCAUUAGGGACCUGGUCCGAGGAUUUGAUCCGAAAUUGCUUCAGUCAGCUUUUAAGGUUUCUGAGGAAGUGAUAGAAUCAAUAGUAAAUGGAACGGACCAAUCCGCCAUUGUCCACGCAAUUCCAACAAAGAAAGAAACUUUCUGGGAUUUGGAGGCUCGAUUCCUGAAAACGUUUCUACUAGGCAAUGAUGGCAUUGCAUUCAACAGUAAGAAGAAGAAGGAAACAACAACAUAUAAUAUUUUUGACGAGGAUCCGGAUUUCGAGAAUUGCAAUGGUUGGAGCCUAACUGUGAGCAAGAAAAACACCCACUUGUUAAAGGGAUCGAACAUUGGUUUUUUCAUGGUGAAUUUAACAAAGGGGUCAAUGAUGGGGCCUCAUUGGAAUCCAAGGGCAACUGAGAUAACAGUAGUACUACAAGGGCACGGGAUGGUUAGAGUGGUUUGUUCAAGCACCGAAGCAAAGAAAUCGGAGUGCAGAAACAUGCGUUUUAGGGUUCAUGAAGGAGAUGUAUUUUCUGUGCCUAGGUUCCAUCCAAUGGCUCAGAUGUCAUUUAACAAUGACUCUCUUGUGUUCAUGGGGUUUAGCACAACAGAAAAGAAAAACUAUCCUCAGUUUUUGGCCGGAAAAUACUCGGUUCUGCAGACUUUGGACAAACUAGUCUUGGCGGCGUCGUUUAAUGUUACCAGCACAACCAUUGAUCAGCUUUUGUCUGCACAGGCUGACUCGUUUAUAAUAGAUUGUACUUCUUGUGCUGAAGAAGAGGAGAAAGCGAUGUUGGAAGAGAUUGAAAAGAAAAGGGAGGAAGAGGAAGCUAAGAAGAGGGAGGAAGAGGAGGCUCGAAAGAGAGAGCAGGAGGAACAAGACAGAAAGAGGGAGGAGGAGGAAGCUAAGAAGAGGGAGGAAGAGGAAAGGGAGAAGGAAGCAAGGAAACAAGAAGAAGAGCAAGCGGCGAGGGAGCGAGCGGAGGAAGCCGCGAGGGAGCAAGAGGAGGAAGCGGUGAGGGAGAGAGAGAAGGAAGCCGCAAGGGAACAAGAAGAGGAAGCCGCAAGAGAGAGAGAGGAGGAAGCCGCAAGGGAACAAGAAGAGCAAGCAGCAAGGGAGAGAGAGGAGCAAGCUGCAAAACAGCGAGAAGAGCAAGCAACAAGGGAGAGAGAAGAGCAAGAAGCGGCAAGGGAGCGAGAAGAACAAGAAGCUGCAAGGGAGCGAGAAGAAGCAGCAGCAAGAAGGAGAGAAGAGGAGGGCAGGCAAGGAGGCGAUGAAAGAAGACAAGAGGAAGAAAGAGAGAGGGAGAGGAGGCAACAAGAGGAAUGGGAAAGGCGAGAGGAAGAUGCGCAGAGGGAGCAGGAAGAGGCUCGAAGACAACAACAAGAAAGGCAAGGCAGAGCAGGACAACCAGAGGAGCAAGAGGGUGGAGGCGGAGGCUUCAAUGCGGAUGAAGGAAGGAGGUAUCUGAGUGCAUUAAAGGUUUAACUGAGAUCUAGUUUCUCCAGUUACGUCUGUUCUUUUUUUUUUUUUUUUUUUUUUUUUGGGAAACUGCAUGUUUUGUUAAUAGAAUAAUAACUUUUGCUGCCUCCUAUGUUUCAAGUUUAGGGAAACUGCAUGUUUUGUUAAUAGAAUAAUAACUUUUGCUGCCUCCUAUGUUUCAAGUUUAGGUACGUUUUUUAAUGUAAUAAACUUCUAUGGCCUCCAAAACAAAUUUUACUUUAAUUUAGAUAAGAG